GUUUUGAGUGGGGACCGAAGGUUCCUCGUUCUGCCAGAAUCUUUAACUUGGAGUGAACAGGUGAUGAUUUGAACCAAUGUUCUCCGUAUUGAGGUCGUCAGCGUCCUUAUUCUCCAUUCGGGCAGUCGAGCCACAUAACAGGAUGUCAAGUUCUCACCAUCCGCGGGCCGCCUUGUGUCAGCUGAGCGUCACCGCAGACAAGCUGGCCAACUUUUGUACCACCCGAGAGCUGCUGGAAGAGGCAAAGCGACGAGGCGCCGCCAUGGCCUUCCUGCCCGAGGCCUUUGACUACAUCGCCUCCAGCCGCGAGGAGACCCUGGAGCUGUCUGAGACCCUGGCGGGAGAUACUAUUGCGCAAUACGCUCAGCUGGCCCGGAAGUUGGACAUGUGGUUGUCUCUGGGCGGCUUCCACGAACGAGGACGUCAGUGGGAGGCCGAGCGGCGGAUUUACAACUGCCACGUGGUCAUGAACAAUCAAGGCGAGAUCGUGUCCACCUACAGGAAAUGCCACCUGUUUGACGUGGAGCUUCCCGAGAAAGGCGUCUCGCUCAGCGAAAGCGCCUUCACCAUCCCGGGCCCGUCGCUGGUAGCGCCGGUCCAAACGCCCAUCGGCAAGCUCGGAUUGGGAGUCUGCUACGACUUGAGGUUCCCGGAGUUUUCGCUGGCGUUGCAGAAGAGCGGCGCCGAGAUCCUGACCUUCCCCUCGGCCUUCACGGAGGUGACGGGAGCCGCUCACUGGGAGGUGCUGCUCCGGGCGCGAGCCAUCGAGAACCAGUGUUACGUCCUGGCGGCGGCGCAGGUGGGCCGGCAUCACGACAGGCGCUCGUCCUACGGCCACGCCCUGGCCGUGGACCCCUGGGGAGCGGUGACGGCUGACUGCGGGGGGGAGCGAGCGGGCCUGGCGCUGGUGGAGGUCGACCUAGAUAAGGUUCGCAGCGUCCGAAGGAAUAUGCCCCUUCAAAAGCAUCGGCGAGACGACAACUUUUACGCCAGCAUGUGACAUGAGCGAAUGGUCCAACUCAUUUGAGGUCAUGAGGAGAACCUGCUCCAAAUGAUCAUAUAAAGUUCUUCUGUCUUUUAUAAGGACAAGGAACCUUCUCCAGAUCAUGGCUGUUGCGUUCCGUUUGUUAAACUACAGGGAACGACCGCUAAGUUUUACAAUGAGAACAAAUCGAAAGUUCUCAUAAUAGUCACCGGGACAAAAUUGUUGGCACCACUAUGUUAAUGGGAGAAAUCCCACGGCGCUCAACGCAAAUAACGUGAAUGUAACAAAUGUAAUUGUAAAUAAAACGUGAAUCAAAAUCUAAA